AUGAACUUCACCAACGCCGAGCUCUUGAAAGCUCGUGAGAGGAAAAUGGCUCGCUUUUCUCCAAAGUUCAACAACGAGGGCGAUGGGAAGAAACGGGGCGGUGCUGAGAACCAAGCCGAGGGCGCCCAAGCCCCCAAAAGGAGGAAAUUGGUCAAAGUCUCCUCUACCGCCGGCUCCUCCAACCCCGGCGCUCAGCCCACUACUGCCGCUGCGUCUAAAGGCAAAAAGGUUGCUAAAGCCUCCACCGCCACGGCCACCGAGUCCACCACCAUUCCAGCUCCCAAUUCCGCUACCGCGGGCGCGGCCACCGCAGUCGCCGCCAAGUCCACUACUGUAGGCGCCACAGCCGCCACCGCCGGUGCCACAACAACCUCUGGUGAUCAGUCACCAGCCGCUGACACAACCGCCAACAUUUCUCAACCCUCAGCUGUUGAGAAACUUGUCGCCGUCAAUGCCACAAAAGCUGCCGCUUCCUCCGGUGCUCAUGCUGGGGAGAAAGAAAAAGAAAAUGAAACCCCCAAGUCUCCCCCCCGCCAAGACGCACCUCCUAGCCCGCCCCCAACGAAUGAUGGGCGCCAAAUGCCUUCCCCGCCUCAUCAAGAGGAAAGAUCCUCUCCUGACACUGCUACUACUUCGGAAGCAGCCCGGAUUGAGCAAGCUCCUGCUCCCGAGGGCGGUUCUUCGAGCUAUUACAAUAUGCUUCCCAACUUCAACGCCGCCGCCGCUGAAUCUGAGAGGUUGAGGGCUGAGAACGCCAAGCACCAGGAAGACACCGCCGGCUGGAAGAAGCGCUUUGACAAACUGUUGGAACAAGCGGGAAAAGAAAAAGUCCAGGCCGACAAGCUGAUUGGUACGGCGGGAAUCAAAAUCGGCGAGCUGGAAAACGAUCUGGAGCUAAUGAGGGAAGAAGCGGAUGGUCUUGAUGCAAGCCUCCAGGCUUGCAAAAAGGAAAAAGGCCAAGUUGAGAAGGACUUGGCUGCCAAAAGCGAGGCACUGGCCGCUAAGGAGUCACAGCUCGACGCAUUACGCGUUGAACUGGAGUCAGUGAGAAAGGCGCUGGCGGAGCAAGAGAAAAAAUCUGCUGAAUCUUUGACCUCGGCGAAGGCUGACCUGGAGGCGGCGGUGCGAACUGCCUCUGAAGAGUCUUUAGCCCAUGGUGCUGCACUCGCCGCAAAAGAUUCUGACAUUACUUCCCACCUUGCAAAGAUUAAAGAGCUAGAGGGCGAGCUGGCGAAGGAGAAAGCCAAAGCCGCUGAGGCAUCAGUGGCCCAGCCUACCAUUAUCUCUCUCGCCGCCGCUGCUGAAUCCACAACGGCGGUUUCCUCCGCCACUGCUGGUUUUAAUGCUGAGGUUGCUGUGUGA